AUGGGCAACGAAGCGCGCUCGACCCAUUUGGCAACUGGUAUGGGCUGCAUCCCAGUGGCCUUCCACCUUACCCACGAAUCUAUGGAAGAUCCAGUGAGCAUGCAUACGUUGAUAAAUUCGUCCGAGCUUCAUAGUGCGUGUUUGAAGCUUCCAUUCGCAUCGCCUUCCGUGACAUCCCAGGUCGAAUGUGUUAUGCAAUUGCAUGACGACGAGUGCACCAUCACCCCAGCCUCUCAUCAAGCUGCCGCUCACGACAACCUUUCGGUGCCAUUGGACGAGGCAUUGGUGAAAAUGAAGCAGGCGGUUGCUCAGUCGUGGUUACCGAAAUUACUCUGCAACAGCGAGUACGAUGAGGUAUCGGGCAAUUUACUAGCAGCCCUGAAUUACGACGUUCGCCGACGGCCUAGUCUAUUACAAGCCAUGGCCAAACUACACGCAGGAGCAAUCGUCGUUGACAAGGAAGUGAUCGUGAUCCUGGCCGCCGAGGCCUAUGGUCGUGCAAAAGCUGUGGAUGUUCAUGGCGAGACAAAUAUGAAAACUAUCCCUCAAGAUGCGCAUCAAUUAAUGAUCGGUAUUUUCGAAGAGGCGGACAGUCAUGGUAUGAAGAACAAGCUCAAGAUUGGCGCCCGUCAUAUGAACAUUCUGUCAACCAUGUCUGUCUGCUUGCACCAAGAUCCAUGCAUCGAUAUUGGACCUGCGACGUCGGCUUUGAUAGACACAGUCAGACCUGGACGCGCAAGGUUAUUCUUGCGCAGAGACAGCAUUGAAUCCUUCAUGGUUUCUUUCGAGGAAAAGUCGUACGUGUUCCCUCCUUGCAGUAUCUCGUCCUUGCGCCAAGUAUCAACAGGAUUUGUUGACGCCAGUUCGUUUGCGCGAUGGCGUGCCAUCAUCGACGUGUUGGAAAGUGAUUUGACUAUGCCAGCUACUGUUUUUACUCUUUGCGACUUGCCCCACAACCAAGGCUAUGGAGUGUCAGCCACAUCCACGGGAAAAAUAGCGUCUCGAUUCAUGCAAGCCUUGUGUCUUGCACAUCUGGAUUCGACACCGCCUGAUUUCACCAAAGCGUUGACAGUAUUUGAUGCAGCGGCCAAAACUCGAGAAUGUGUGCGAGCAUCAAGCAAGGACUGGGACAAGCUUGCUGCCAGCGUGACCGCUCUCAAGCCGCUCAUUACGGAGCACCAUGGAUUGUCAGCACUGACUCUUGCGAUGCUACACGAUUUCAGUAGCAUUGCAAAUCUAGCAUUAAAUCGACUUUCCGAUUGCAAUACAAGAUUGAAAGAAAACGUCAAGAUACGCCUCGCUCAACUUUACGGAGAUAACUAG